AUGAAAAUUUCUUUAGAAACAUUUAGAGAAAAAAAUAUUUCUGAACUUGAGGAAGAAAUCAUUAACUUAAAAAAUGAACUUUUACAACUUAGACAGAAAAAAGUAAGUUCUACUGUAGAACCAGAUGAAAUUAAAAUUGCGAGAAAAAAUAUAGCCCGUGCAUUGCGCGUUCGACAUGAAAAACUCUUAGAAGAAACAUGUAAGAAAUAUGAAAAUUUGCCUAUGCAUAAAAUACCUAAAGAACUUAGACCGAAGAAAACUAGGGCUGAAAGAAGAAAGCUAACAAAAAAGCAAGCAUCUAGAAAAAUGCCUAAGGUAUGGAAAAGGGAAUUAAAAAAUCCAAAAAUAUUUUUUGCUUAUUCUGAAUAA